AUGGCCGACAACCGAAUCACCAAGCCCACAGAAGCCGAUGCCCUCAUCUUGGAGGCAUGGGGCCAAGGCCUUAUGCUCGGGAGUUUGCUGAUCAUGGCAGCUAUUACUGUUGCCAAUAUGAAGAAGCACAUUCUGCUCCACAAAUUGAUCUUUGCCGAGCUCAUCCUGGCCAUGCCCAAUGGCACCUUUAUUUUUCCACACGAACCUGUCUAUGGAUGGUACCUUUCUAUCACGGCCAUCGGUUUGAAUGUCUCCUGGGCGCUACACAAUGUCAUCGCUUGGAUGAAGUGCAAGCCUUUCCUCUCGCGGAAGGUUUCGAUCUUCUACAUCGUGACUGUUGUCCUUUGCUUCCCAUACUGGGGCCUGGAGAUUUACGCCAACUUUACAUACUUCAACAAUAUCAACAAGAUAUUCCUGAAGACGAGACCCUUAGAGCCGUUAUUCCGUGAUCCAUGGUGGAUCUUCACGACAGUCAACCUGUUCUGGACAAUCAAGCGACAAUACAGCUUUAGUCUGUAUGAACUGGUGAAAAUCAGCCCCCGAUUCGGCGUCAUGCUCCUGGCAAUGUGCUUGUCAAUAGCCUUCAUGAUUGUCGAUACAUGCAGCGUAACGAACGCCUUUUCCAGCGUUCUCCCAGUGGGCGUCGAGCCCUUUUGGAAGUUAUCAUUCGUUUUCAAGUGUCUCUGCGACACGGUCAUCCUCGACGAUUUCAAAACAGCCCUGGACCACAUGCGCGCUCACUGGAUGAAGAAGGCCGCCAAUACCGAGCUCUUGUCAACACCGACGCCUGUCACGUGUCCACGCGCUCACAGGUCCCCGGAUGACAUUGAGGCCAUGCCUACACCCAGUGACAAUACGAUCAAGGUCACCUUUACUCGCACGGUUCAUAUGGAGGAUAUCCCUCUGCGCGGUGUGUAG